ACUGUCAUUUAAUUAAUAAAUUAUAGAUAUUUCAAAACUAAGUAAAAUAUAUUGACWACAAAUGAUUUGAUAAUUAUUUGAGAAUAAUUAAAGUAAUAAUAUUUAAUCGAUCGCUUAAUUCAAUACAAUGUCCGCUUCAAAACUUUUCAAAACAAUUGGCCAAAUAUGUCUUCAGGACAAUAGUUUGAAACAGAAGACAGUUUUCAAUGUCAUGAAUCAAUUCGCACGCAAUUACUCUGCGGCCGCGUAUACGACCCGUUACGCUGAAUACGAGACAUUGCAAGUAUCGGCUCCUUAUGACCACGUAUUGCACGUACAGUUGAAUCGACCCGAAAAACGUAAUGCUAUGAAUCGGGAUGUCUUUCGUGAAAUUCUUUCGUGUUUUAAUGAGAUCAAUGACGACAAACAAAGUAGAGCUGUAGUCAUAUCUGGAGCCGGAAAGUCAUUUUCUGCUGGUCUCGACUUUACCGAUWUGUURGAUAUGAUUGGUCACGUGUCUAACGGUGGUCCCGAUGCCAGUGAUGUCGCGGCCAAAGCCAAGUUUCUUAGGAAUGCGAUAAUUCUUUUGCAAAAYUCAUUCAAUAGUAUUGUCAAGUGCUCGAAACCAGUCAUAGCGGCCAUUCACGGUCCGUGUAUCGGUGCCGGAGUAGAUCUCAUUAGUGCUACAGAUAUCAGGUAUUGUUCACAAGACGCCAUAUUUUCUAUUAGAGAAGUUGGUAUCGGAAUGGCUGCAGAUUUAGGAAGUCUUCAACGGUUACCAAAAAUUGUGGGAAACGAUAGUGUUAUUCGGGAAAUGGCGUUCACAGCCAAAAAUAUUAACGCAAAUGAGGCUAAAGAGAUGGGUUUAGUCGGUUCAAUAUUUGCUGAUCACGAGACAUCACUUCAGUCGGCUUUAGAAUUGGCCAAAACAAUAGCCACUCGGAGCCCAGUGGCCGUACAGGGGACUAAAAUUGCACUYAACUAUUCACGCAAUCACUCGGACAGGGAUGGACUGGAGUUCAUGGCUAACUGGAACAUGUGUAUGUUGCAGAGCAAUGAUCUCAUCACCGCUUCCACCGCCACAGCCACCAGAUCUGAGACGCCGCCUGUCUUUAAUGACUUAUAAAUUUAUUCGCAAUUUGUAUUAUAUAUAUAUAUUAUUCAAUUAAUAUAAUCAUUAAAAACCAUUCAAUUGUAUUUAUUAUAAUUAAAAAUUAUAUAAUCUUUCUUAAUAAACAAUAAAGAUUUUUAUUACC